CUUUAACUGAAUUCAUCUACACAAAAGAGAAAGAGACCUUCAUGAUCCAGGGUCAUCAUUUGCAGUGUGUUGGCAGAUCCUAGAUUGCCCCUCCCUCUCUUUGAAAAUUCCUGGAACUGAAAAUCCCUGAAGUAUUCUGACUUUGAGAGGACAACGUGACCACUACAAGAAGUAGAUAUUCAUCCUGCCAGCCAAGAGGACUAAGGACCUACAAGCCACCCUGGAAAGACAAAUUCUGACAAAAUCUGAACUUGGGACAGGAAACGACCACGAGGGGGCAGCACGCUGCAGGGAAUAUCUUCACUCCAGUUGGCAAGCAAACCUACCAAACUUCCCCAGCUUCUCCAGUUCCUUCGGUACGUAUUUCCGUUGCUCUGACGCUCUCCUGAGCUAGGGGGUCGGGCAGGAGAAAUCGAUUCUUUCCCUCUCCCUAUCCAUCCCUCUUCUCUUACCCAAAGGGAAAUUCGAGUAGGAGUGAAGAGGUGUUGCGGCGGGAGACAGAAGAGGCUUCCAAAACAUCUCAAUAACUGGAAUUGCGUUCCCUUGGACGUGGGAGAGCGCAGAGUUUCUCUGGCUAUCGCUUUCGACUAUAGGAGGGGAAACGUGUCCUUUUGGGCGCUAAGAGGGCAGUAAGAGGGCACAGAGCCUUGAAGGAUCUGCAGUUCUGCCCCCCGGCCUUGCUCAAGCAGCUCUGGGAAGGGUCAGGAGCCCGGAGGUCAAGUGCGUAACUGUCCCGAAGAUCAGAUGCGCCGUGAAUUGCGCAGACAGCGAGAACUUCAGAAACCUCUCCUUUUCAGUGCCUAGCACCAACCUUAGCUGGAGCAGCUUGUGGCGGCUGCAGCAGCAUCCCAGGGCAUCGCUGUAGCUGUCAUUCCUCUGGAGGAGCAGAGGAGAGAAGGCUUACAAUGCUCCAGGGAGUCAGCGGUCGGGAAUGAUGCAGCCAGUUCUCAGCCCGAAUCUCUCAUAAAACAAAACAAAACAAACAAACCCCGAACCCAAUCCAACCCAGCGAUGAAGAGGAGGAUUCUAACGACACAGACCAAACUUUAUGACCCCUUUCGCUUCAGAUCAGCUUGACUGAAUCGCCGAGUUCCACGGUAAAUAUCUUUCUACUCGAGGUGAGAAGAUGGUGACAAUCAAUGAAAGAAUGAAUCUAUCAGUGGGGAGGAGAGAGAUUUGAAGGGUCCCCCUACUCCCUUCUUUUUUCACGACUCUGGGAGGAUUAUAUAAGGUCGACCACGGGCUGCCAUCAGCCAGAAGGAGAAAAGAGUUAUUGAGAGGUGAAUUUUUGCCCUUUUCCUCAACCUCCACCAGUCUUGUAUCUCUAGCAUCCUGCAGUGAAGGUGACUGACUCCCAGCCAGUUUGUUUCAGUCCUAGCUUGCAAUGCACUUUUUUUCCCCCAGAGGAAAGGGGAGGAUAUAGCUAAAGCAAGGAGUUCCCUGGAGGGAGGUGGCGGGGACCUGCGAUCAGGUGGUGGGGAGCCCCAUGGAGAACAGUUUGGCUGAGUCGCGGUGGGGAAGCUCUGACAAAGCUCCCAAGACUCUCCUGGUCUUGCUGUUGCUGUGUUUGCUUUCUCACUUUCCUCGGUCAGAAGGCUACAUUGCUGGCGCCCUGGGCCACCACUGAACCUUUGGAGCCUACUAAGUCGUGCUUUUUCCCCGUUUGACUGAUUUUACCCUCUUUGCCCCACCCACCAGUGGACACUCGUGGGAGAGACAGGUGUAGCUCAUCUUAUUCUAAUGCCUGCCUGCCCCCUGUGGGGCGGACAGCUGAUUUGCUUGGGAGGCCCAGGGACUUUGGUGUCUGGAGAUCGAGCCUCAAGGCAGGGUGAGAUUUUGGCUUGAAGCUGGGUAGGAGUUGGUUCCCCAGAGAGCUCGUAAAUCCUGAAGCCGGUCCGAAGGGCCGUUUCUGCGCCACUUUUUCUUUGCUGCUCCCGUAGCCUUUGGGACCCAGAGCAUUUGGGAAGAGGAGAGGUGGUGACAUCACGUCCAGAGAUCGAGGGAGGGAGCUGGAAAACUCCCCCUUCCCCAUCGCUCUUCAUUCCUAGCGUUUCCUGGCUACACCCGCUGUUAAUCUGUGGAUGAAGUUGGCUAGGUCCUUUCUUCCGCGUCUCCCCUGGAGGGUGGCUGCCCGGAUGCCUCCUGCCAGCGGCAGGCCCACAGUACCCGGGACUUAGGGCUGCUGCGUUCUCUGCAGCCUUCACCACCGGACUCCAUGCUCCUAGGAGCGUCUUGGUUGUGCGCUUCCAAAGCCGCCGCAGCGCAGAGCGAAGGAGAAGAGGAAAGGCAAGGCGAGAGGAGGAGGAGGCGAGCAGCCGCUGCCGCCGCCGCCGCAGCAGCAGGAGGAGAAGAAAUGGACGAGUCCUCCUUGCUGGAUUUGCUGGAGUGCUCGGUGUGCUUGGAGCGUCUGGACACUACAGCCAAGGUGCUCCCGUGCCAACACACCUUCUGCCGCCGCUGUCUGGAGAGUAUCGUCUGCUCUCGCCAUGAGCUGCGCUGCCCGGAGUGUCGCAUCCUGGUGGGCUGUGGGGUGGAUGAACUGCCCGCCAACAUCUUGCUCGUCAGGCUGCUGGACGGCAUCCGCCAGAGACCCAGAGGCAGCAGUGGGGGAGGCGGGAGCAGCAGCUGCAGCAGCAACGGGAAUAGCCCCACCGCCCGAGGUCACGGUCCUACCCCAGCCGGAGGGAGUGGAGGAGUUGGAGGCAAUGCCCCAGGGUCCCCAGCCUAUCACCCAGCAGCCGCCGCCGCCGCAGCCACUAUCUCUGGGGGCACCAGUGCGGCUGCCAGUCUAAGGGAACUGGCCGCCGCUAGCAGGAGCGCCCUACUGGGAAAGAAUAUUUCCCAACUUCCUUGUGGCAAAGCCCUCUAUAGCUAUGAGGGGAAAGAACCUGGUGAUCUCAAGUUUAACAAAGGAGACAUCAUCAUCCUGCGUCGAAAGGUGGAUGAGAACUGGUACCAUGGGGAGCUGAAUGGAAACCAUGGCUUCUUCCCUGCCAGCUAUAUUCAGUGCAUCAAGCCCUUACCACAAGCCCCACCCCAGGGCAAAGCACUUUAUGACUUUGAGAUAAAGGAUAAAGAUCAGGACAAGGACUGUUUAACUUUCACCAAGGAUGAAAUCUUGACUGUCAUCAGGAGAGUCGAUGAUAACUGGGCAGAAGGAAUGCUGGGAGAUAAGAUUGGAAUUUUCCCUCUCCUCUACGUGGAGCUCAACGAAUCCGCCAAACAGCUUAUUGAGAUGGACAAGACAUGCUUAGCUGCUGCAUCUGGCUGUGAUGUCUCCUUGCCAUCUGACACCAACAUGGCAGGCAAUCUGGCCCAGUGUUCUACCUUAAGCAGCUCGGGAGCAGUCAGUGCCAUUCAGCGGCGUAUCGAUGGCAAGAAGAAUGCCAAGAAACGCCACUCCUUCACUGCCCUCAGUAUGACGCACAAAUCCUCCCAGGCUAUGAGCAAUAGGCAUUCCAUGGAAAUUAGUGCACCUGUUUUGAUCAGCUCUAGUGAUCCCCGGGCUGCUACCAGAAUUGGAGAGUUGACUCACCUUUCAUCCAGUGCUCCAGCCCAGGACUCUUCUUCAGCUGGAUCUGCCACCAUGGCUGGGCCCCGAUCAAGUGCAGUUGCUGGAGAACCAGGAACAUCCCCAAAGGUCCAGCUGCCCCUCAAUAUAUACCUAGCACUUUAUGCAUACAAGCCCCAGAAGAAUGAUGAGCUGGAACUGCGCAAGGGAGAGAUGUACCGAGUCAUUGAGAAGUGUCAAGAUGGCUGGUUUAAGGGAACCUCACUGAGAACUGGGAUCUCUGGAGUCUUCCCAGGAAACUAUGUGACUCCUGUCUCCAGGGUCCCUAUAGGAGGAGCUGGACAGUCCCGGAAUAACAUACCUGGAGGAUCUCCACUGGCUAAAGGGACGGCAGGAACUGCUCUUCCUGGAGGUGGGAGUCUAACCAACCCAGCCACUACUAUCAGACCCAUUGUUCCACUAACUGCACCUCAGACCCAUCCCCAGCACCAGGCAGCUUUUCCUCCCAUGAGCAAUUGUCUGAGGCAUUCAGCUCAACAAGCAGCCAGCCAGGCUCGAAGUGCCAUGCAGAUAGCUGCCCAUCCUUCUGCUCAGCCUCAAGACCGUCCCACUGCGACAGUAUCACCUCUACGUACCCAAAGCUCUCCAUCCCGCCUGCCAGCUACCGGGAUCAGGCCGCACACCAUUGUAUCUCCACAGCACCUCCACCAAUCCCCAAUUCAAGUCGUUGCAGGCGCCCAGUGCCCCAGGCCCGUCAUUCCUCUCACAUCGGCAGCAUCGGCCAUCACGCCUCCCAAUGUGAGCGCAGCCAACCUGAAUGGAGACAUGGGCGGUGGGCCCAUUGGUGGCCUGAUGACUUCCAGCCCAACCAACACGGCCUGCAAAACAGAGGAGAAAAAGAAUGAAAAGAAAGAGAAGAAAGGUGGACUGUUGAAACUUCUAGCAGGAGCAUCUACCAAAAAGAAGUCCCGCUCACCCCCAUCUGUGUCCCCAACUCAUGACCCCCAGGCGGCAGCUGCUGAGGGAGCUCUCCAGGGUGCUGUGGGACCUGAAGUGUCAUUGCUGUCCAGCCAUGGGAGGGCUGGCUCCUGCCCAAUUGAAAGUGAGAUGCAAGGCGCCAUGGGAAUGGAACCACUGCACAGGAAGACGGGCUCUUUGGAUCUGAACUUCUCCAUCUCAUCCCCAGUCAGGCAGCCUCCUCCUUCUAUGGCAGCCAUCCGUCCAGAACCCAAACCAUUGCCCCGAGAAAGGAGAGAGAAGCAAAUCACAACCAAAUUAGCACAUAUGAGGUACCGCGUCGUGGUCUCCUACCCUCCACAGAGCGAGGCCGAGAUUGAGCUGAAAGAAGGAGACAUUGUGUUCGUGCACAAGAAGAGAGAGGAUGGCUGGUACAAAGGGACACUGCAGAGGAAUGGGAGGACUGGCCUCUUCCCUGGAAGCUUUGUUGAAAGUUUCUGAUGAGGACUGGUUGCCUUUCUCCCCCUAACAUCCACCACCAUUCUCCAAACCAAAAGACCUUCCAGAGGAAAUUUCUGUAGCACAAGGAAAGAAAACAAAGGGAGGGUCACUGUUCUCUAUUGUCACCAUCCCUUCCAAAGAUGCUCCCAGGCCCUUCUCCUCUCUGGAGGCCUGGGGGGUCGCUAUGUUUCUCUAACUGGGGGAUGCCUUGGACUGGGGAUGGGGAAGGGGACCAUGGCUAGACACUGAGAGAACACAGCUUUGGAUUGUAUUUCACCUUAAAUGCCAACUCCCUUUGUGUAAAUUAUAGAGAGAAAAUAUCUUUUAAAGAGAAAAUAAGAAAAAAGUUGAUUUAUUGCUGUAACUUAUUUUGUUGGAGCUGCCAUGCUCUUGUUUCCUGCCUAUGCAAGAUGGAUUUGAGGAGUCCAGGAGGGCUGCUGAGAAGCAUUGAAAACAAGCCACAUUGGUUUGAUGCUUCUUUGGGGAGGAAGUGAUGUAGGUGGAGAAGCAUUUAGGGAGAAUUCCCAUUCAGGCAUUGCCCUGGAGGAUCCAGUGGGGAAUCCAAUUGCUAAUGUCACCCUUUCUAUAUACCUCAGUAAUCUGCUGCCUAAUCAUUUCAGCAAGGGUGCUCAGAGAAGGGGAGGUUGUUUUUCAUCUGGAGGGGCGAGAAGGGAGGGAUACAGAACUGCCCUGGGCAGGACCUCCCCAAAGCUAGAGAUCUCCCAUGUGGCUUUGGGUUGUUUGGGGGAGGGGGGCGGGGAAUCCUUUUUUGUGUGUCUCCUCUCAGUAGUAUAAGCAGCAAUUUUUGUUUUUACCCUCCAAUAUCACCUUUUUUUCUUAUGGCAUACCUUUUUAUGUAAAAGCUAUUAGACUUUAUAUAUUUCUAAUAGGUCAUACAUUUCCUAUUUUUUCAUACAUCUGGUGCUGCCUUUUGGUAAAACUAUGAAUGACUUGGUUUUGCUUAAAAAAGAGAGUGUCAGUGGAGAGAGAGAGAGAGAGAGAGAGAGAAAGAGAGAGAGAGAGAGAGAGAGAGAGACAUCAAACAUGUAGACAUUUUUAUAUUUGCCAUAUGAACUUUGGAGCAUACCAACAAGUCCAUGUCCUCGAGAUCAAAACCUUGGCUGGUGUUUCAUGGAGCAAGUGAGAGAAUCCAUUUGGGUGGUAGGGGGAGAGGACUUGAAAAAAGCCAAUUUCCUUAAACCUUCACUAAAAUCCCAUGCUCUGUCUAGACAGGGACAAUUAUUCAAGAAUUGGGAGCAUUUCCAGGAGAAGGGAACCAUUUUAACUGACUUUUACGUGGCAAUAAAAAGAACACUGCAGGUCCACACUGGCCCAAGAUGGUGGAAUUUUCCUCUCACUCCAUCAGAGGGAAAUGUCAGUGGUUGUAAUUAGCUUUCUCAAAAUGUGAUUUCUUCCUGUUAAAAAUGUAUAGUUCUGAACCAUUGUGCAGAUUCACAGCUUGGUUAUGAUUUCAUUGGAAAUGAACAAUAUCAUUCUCUACUAGGCAGUGCAUACUUCCAUCUUCCAGGGACUAAAAGGUGCAAUAAAGGCAAGCAAGUAGAUUCAAUUUUGUGACACAAACACGGAAAAGAAAAUCUAAUAGUUGCUCUGUAGGACUCUGGGGUUGGAGGAGAAAGAAGAGGGCAAAGAUGACAGGAAGCUUUGAUUGCAUUGGGUCUUAAAACAAGUAGUAGUUCUAAGAAAAUUAUAUCCCUUAAGAAAUAUUUGCCUUUUCUGUAUAUAACAGUAGCACAGAUUGUAGAUCGGCCAUUUGAGACCACCUGAGUUGUCAUAUCUCAAAGGUGGUCUUAUUCUAAAGAGGCUUGUUUCCCAACUGAUAUGUUUUCAUUGACCAAAGGAUAAAAAUCCAUAUGUUUCCCAUCCUUAAAAAACAAACACUCCAACUUAGGUUGAACUGCAUAAAUUUGUCCUUAGGAACGCAGGGUUUCCUUGGCUUUCUUGGAUGUGACAAACAAAUUCCAGACAGUCAGCCUCCCGCCAGACAUGGUGCCUUUGAAAUACUGAGCUGUUAUUUUCAGAUCUCAUAUUUUUGGAUGGUUCAGUGGCUAUUUAUUACUGUUGGGUGGUAACCAACACCAAAAGGUUCCUGUUAUUGUCAGGAGGAAAAGGACUUCUUUCCCUCUUUCCAACUGAUAGCUGACUUAAGAAAUUUGUUUAAAAAAAAAAAAAGAGGGGCUGGUUUAAAAAUAGAGAGCACUGUCUGUGGAAUUGAUCAAAACCUGCACAUCUCCAUCAGGGAUGAUAUAUUAGUUGGCUAGCAAGCAAAAAUGGCCCCAAAAAAGGCAUAUGUGUGUAUAUAAAAACCGUAUCACUAUGCAAAAUGUGUAUUGAUUGAUAGAGACACCUAGAUGGUGUAUACACCCAGGCAACUCUCCUCUCUAGUGAAAGCUCAGAUAAUUGAUAUCUUCAGAUAAUCCAGGACCCUUACUUUCACUCUUCUCAAAUAUUCAAUGAGGAGAGCAGUGAACAAGUUAAGGAAGAAUCUGGUGCGAAUUUCAUUUUCUCUCUCUACCCCUGCCCACAUUAUGCUAAAAAGCAGAAAUGUGGCCAAGAGACUUCAGGCCAGAAAGGAAUCCUGGAUGAUUUACGCAAUAGAUGUUCAAUUAGCCCAUGAAAUAACAAUUAAGAGAAUUGACUAUUCCCAACACUGUCAAAUGAGAUACUUUAUUGGGUGAGGAAGGAGGGAAGAGAAUGACAAUUGCUAUCUUCAGUUUUUAAUGAAGAAAGAAGACAAUUUGGCCCCUUGCCUGCCCCUUGGUAGUCAGCCUUACCUCCAAAAGUCCUAGACAGCAAACUCUAGAAGGCUUUAAUCUCAUAGGACCAAAGCCAGAGCAUUUGGGGAAGGAGGAAAUGCACAACCAUCAUUAAUGUUUUUCAGUCAUUUUUGAGCACAAUUGUGACAGUCCUAGUUAAUGAAAAAAUUAAACCACAAAGAAAAAAAAAAUCCAACAGGAGCAAAGUGUCACCUUUUGGGGGGUGGGGUGGGGGGGUUACCUUGCCUUGAAGAAUCUGUAACGGUAUGUCUUGGUGUUUGAUAUAUUGAAACCGUACUUUAUUUGCAGCCCCUGUUUCUGGUUUGACUGAAUGGUUCAUUUGUUUUAAUCGUUGAGUAAUUUUUCGUUGUCGUUGCCGUUGUUGGCCAAACCGAUACCAUUGGAGCAGCAGCACAGUCUGGGAUGUAUAACAACCAGCAAAUGAAGUAAGUGGAGACAUGGGCUGCCAAGGACAUCCUGCAUCUCUAGCAGGGAUGAGCGGCAGCCUGGGCCCAUUGACCCAAGUGAAUGCAAGGAAAGGAAGAUGAGCAAAGUAGAGAAUGUGCAUGCACUUCCUACCUUCAAAGUAAAAUGCAUUCUUCUGGCAAACGUCAACCUCAUUUUGUAAAAUGCCAACUUUGCUCUACUCGAAAUGGUCUCGGCUAACUGACUCUGAACAAUUCCUUUGUACUUUGCACAGCUCAGAAAACGUUUUUUUGUUAUACCCGAGUGUCAGCGUGUGAUUUAAGAAACAUUGACAGUGAUGGUUACAAAUGAACUAUGAUGACUGUGUUCUGAGUCUUUAAAUAAAAAUGAAUAUGGAAAAUAG